GGUCCAAGGAAAUCUCCCUGACCAAGAUGAGCGUCCAGUGCGAGUCGCUCACCCGCUUGAGGAAGGACUUGGAGGAGGAGAGACGGCACCUCUGGAGCCAGAUAGACACCUUGAAAGAGCUGAACCAGAGCCUCCUGGAAGCGCGUGCCGGGACCUGGACUCCCAACAUAGAUUCAUUGAAGACCAUGCUUACAGGAAAGGCAGAGGAGGAGGACGUGUUUACAGAUCUGUACGAGGCCCAGUUUCCUGCUCCCAGGACGAGAAAGCGCUGGAGUCGAGGCAGAGCCUUCCUCAGAUUCUUCCAUCGCCAGAGAAACAGCUCCAGAGGACAAGCCCAGUCCCCCGCAGAGAGCCCUCCCGGGGCCCUGGAGGCCGCCCCCGCGUGCUCGUGCUGGCUGGAAGACAGAGAUGCCCGCCGUGGGCCCCCGCCAAAGGCAACCAGACAACAAAAGAGUGCCUUUUGGAGCAGGAAGAAGAAGGACGAAGUCAAAGACAAGCGUCCAGGGGCCAGCUCGACUCUGUCUAACCUUCUGCGUUUCUGCACCUGUUGAGACAGCCCACCCUCUCCUCCCUAACUAGCCUCUCCCUCUUUCCCACCCGAAGAUUUAUGAUCCUUUCCCUUUAUCCCUGU